AUGCAGAACCACCACGAGAGCCCCCGAAGACCCUCGUUCGGAUCAGCCUCCUCGGAGCAGUCCAGACACAACACCUCGUGGUCGUGGGCACGACCGAGCCUGAACCUCCACCGGAGAAGCUCAGACUCGCCGGUUGAGCUCGACUGGAGUCCUCCACUAUCACACCUCGGUGCUGGUGCUGAGCAGCUUCCCGACCUCGACCUCGACCUCGAUGACCUGUCAUACCCACGCAUGGCACUGCAGGACGAUGCAGAUCAUUGGACCAACUUGGACCCAGCAUUCGAUCCGGUUCCUGCUUUCGCGGCUGUUUCUUCAUUAGAUGUAGAAGGACAAGGCCGGCCAGAGGAUACACCUGCCGGCGGUCGUCUGAAGUCCAACGACACUGUCCCUGUCUUCUCGUUCUCUCAGCCAGCAAGCUUGAUAGAUCAUCUGAUCACCAUCUUCUUUGCUGAAAUCCAUGGCCUCUUGCCGAUUUUUGAACGUUCGCGCCUGGAGUCUUCUUUACAGUUGCAACUGCCAGGAGGGACCAAUGACAAUGACCAGGACAAUCGCUACCACAAUCUCAGCUUCGAGGCUGCUUUCGUGCUGAACGGCAUGUUGUCUCUUGCUGCGAGGUUCUCCAAUUCGCCUUUCUUUACCGGACAAAUGGCUCGAGACCGGGGCGAGAUUUUCGCCCAACAGGCCCGAGAACUAUACGAAAAAUUUGCCCUGGAAAAGAACAAGAACAACCUGACCCCCAACCUGACCUACCUCCAAGGGUGCAUUCUACUGGCCUUUUACAGCAUGACUUCGGUUCCCGAAUCAUUCGCCUGGUUGUUGACAGGCACCUGUAUCCGCCUCGCAUAUGACCUCGAACUUCAUCGAACGGAUGCCGAGGCCAUGGCGAGACAAAGCUUGGGACUGGAACCAUGGACGUCGGCCGAAGACUGGGCGUCAAAAGAAGAGAGACGCCGAGCCUGGUGGUCAGUGUGGGAGCUGGACAGUUUUGUGUCGACCCUCUCGUGCCGGCCAUAUGCGAUUGACCAGGGUCAAAUGCACGUCUUCCUUCCAGCACCGGACACCAACUGGGGCUCGAAAACACCCAUUGCCUCGGCCGCUUUCAAUCCGGAUAUAUCUGUCAUGUGGAAGUGUCUCCAAGCCUGCGGUGGCUCCGUCUCCAACGAGCGAGCUUGGUUCCUCGUCGCCAAAGCUCUGAUGCUCCAAGCUCACACCAUGUUUCGGAACCCUACCGCUUCCGAGACCGCCAUCGACGACUUGGAAACCGCUUUGAGCUGUUUACGUCUGGUUCUCCCGGAGGCGUUUGACCUGGAUUCAGGAGUGACGGUGACCCGCUUUGACCAAGACAACGUCUCUGCGGUAAACUGGGUCAUCCACACUCAUAUCCUCCUUCAAAGGUUUGUCCUGUCCCGACCUUCACCUCGACCUCCACAUUGCAGACUAGACUGGACUGGUGAACGAGGCUGA